AUGGUGAAAAAUGAGUCAUUGUCUCUACAGCGGUUAAACGACAUGGCCAUUCGCAAUAUCAUCCCAUACUACCAGCUCCAUCUGGAUAACGGAAAACAGCCAGCCACGGUGGGAGAAACUGACUAUGUGGAUGUCCGUGCGAACCAUUCCCGACGGAUCCGCGAGAAUGGAGCCAAGUCGAUUGUCCUGUUGAAGAAUACUCGCUCUGCGUUGCCGCUUCGGAAACCUCGGAUUAUGGGCGUGUUUGGUGCCAAUGCUGGUGCUGCCGUGGCCGGGCCGAAUUACGCCUACAACCCCAUCACUGGCUCUGGGCCAACGUACGACGGACAUCUGGCCACUGGAACCGGAUCCGGACAGGCCUCGUUCCCGUUGCUAGUGACACCGCUGGCUGCAUUGGCCUUCCGGGCUCUCCAGGAUGGAACCAUGCUCCGCUGGAUCCUGAACGACACGUACACGUCCACCGACACAUCCGCUCUGGGUGCCGGGACGGGAGUGGUUCCGGGGUACGUUAACUACGCUCAAGUCUCCGACGUAUGUCUGGUAUUCAUCAAUGCCUUGGCCGGCGAAGGUGAAGAUCGCACAGAACUCUACAACGACAACCAAGAUGUGCAGGCGCAGCAGUGGGCUGUCAAGGGGGGUGAGGAUGGGUUUAGCGUGGGGGCGAGUUCGAGGGAUUUGAGGUUGUCCAAGACGGUUAGUAUUCGGACGGAGUGA